AUGCCGACGACGAGAUUCGGUGCUGAUGUGAGGGUUAGGUUGAAUAUCUGGUCGUCUGUUACGAUGAGGAGAACCGCAAGGGCCAAGGAGAAUCCCCCACCGGUAUUCCACCCAGAGUUUGGGCGGUUCAUGCUCGAAGCCACGCCUGGAAAGCCUUGGGGCAUUGGCUUCAAGGAUCUUCUUGAUGUUGAACCCAACAUGAAGUCGAGACGGAGGAUUGCUAAGGAUCACAUGGACAGCACCGAAUUUCCCAUUACAUUGACUACUUUUCCUCGACUUGGGUCAGCCGAUUGUAUAGUGCCAUCAUAUCCAGUCUCAGGGCCCAAGCUACGUUCCCAGUUUGUCCCUGACGAGAUUGCUAACCCGCACAUUCGCUUCCCAACGCUGGCCGCUAACAUUCGCUGGCGACGAGGGAGGAAGGUGCAGGUCAAUGUGCCCGUUUUCAAGGACGAGAAUACGCCCUGGCCAUGGAAAGAUCCUACUGUCAACUAUGAUCUCCAUCAAUGGCCGGAAGAUGACGAUGUGCGUAAUGGUGCUGCUCCAGACAACUUCAUCCACAUGGAUGCCAUGGCAUUCGGCAUGGGUAGCUGCUGCCUUCAGAUUACCUUUCAAGCGAAAAACGUUGAAGAGGGGAGGACUAUGUACGACCAGUUGAGCCCACUUGGGCCCAUUCUUCUGGCUCUGACUGCGGCGACACCAAUCUACAAGGGCUUCUUGGCCGACACUGAUGUCCGCUGGAAUCAGAUCAGUAGGUCAGUAGAUGACCGUACACCAGAGGAGUUGGGAGAAAAGCCGCUUCAGAAUGAUCGCUGGCGACUACCAAAAUCGCGCUAUGCGUCCAACUCGACAUAUAUCUCGCAGGAUCCACGCCUACGCCCAGAGUACCUCGAUCCUGAUCUGAUCGUUGAUGAGGCCAUCAAGAAGCGCCUGGUAGAAGGUGGCAUGGACGAUCUUCUAGCCACACACUUUGCUCAUCUCUUCAUCCGCGACCCCAUUGUCGUCUUCGCCGAGGACCUCGAAGAACUCGAUCUGACAAAGGCCGACCACUUUGAGAACCUGCAAUCGACAAACUGGCAACACAUGCGCUUCAAGCCGCCGCCCGCGGGCUCCGACAUGGGCUGGCGCGUCGAAUUCCGGCCCAUGGAGAUUCAAAUCACAGACUUUGAAAACGCGGCGUUUUCCAUCUUCAUGGUGCUACUGACCCGCACCAUUCUCUCGUUCAACCUCAAUUUCUACAUCCCCAUUACGCUCGUGUCGGAAAAUAUGGAAACCGCACACGCGCGCGACGCCGUCUCGACGCAGAAAUUCUGGUUCCGCAAGAACCCAUUUGGCUCGCACAGCGGGAGUAGAUCCAACGGUGCAACGGGCCCGUCGACACCCGCCGCCAGUCGCCCCGCGACCCCAGGACCGCUGGGCCCGGUGGAAGACGAGUACGAGCAAAUGACCAUCAACGAGGUCAUCAAUGGCCAAUCGUCCACGACUGACGGCGGCUUCCCCGGCCUCAUCCCCCUCGUUGAAUCCUACCUGAACAGCAUGAAUGUCGACGUCGAAACCCGCUGUGAUCUCGCCACCUAUCUCGAUUUGAUUCGCAAGCGCGCCAAUGGCACGUAUUGGACGGCGGCCAAGUGGAUCCGCCACUUUGUGCACACGCAUCCGCGGUAUCAGAAGGAUAGUGUGGUGGACGAGGAAAUUGCGUUUGAUCUUGUCAAGGCGGCGGAGCGGAUUACGAGGCAGGAGGGGAGGGAUGGGUUGGGCGCGGAGAUGUUGGGGCGGAGGCGUUGA